CAUCAUUUGGGAGAAAGCUCCAUUUUGAUGUUCCUGCGAACACAACAGGCAAUCGAUGGAGAGUCUUUUGUGUUGAUAUCAAUUGACUCUUGAGUUCGAUCAUGAUACUUGGGCAGGUUUCCUGGCUUGAUUGCUUUGUCUUCUUAAUUUUCCUAGCACCUCAGUUGAUAUGGCAUGUCGGCUUCUUUCCAACUCUUUUCUGUGGCUUGCAAGCAUUACCUUUCUUGGUCAUCAAAUUACCUCUGAGUCUCCUUUAUGAAAGACUGUUGUUGAAUCGAGAACAACAAUCACCUUUCGUCCAACAAGCCUCUUGGUUUGAAGAUGUCAUCAUAAGAUGUGUUCGAUAUGCCUUUGCCUAUAUUCCGGCUCAAAUUGGGCGAGUCUUUUUCUCGAAGCUGGUGGCGUUGCCAUUCCUGCGCUUUCGGAUGUUGAGACAUGGAUAUUUCAAGUCACCGAUCCAUUGGCAAGACGUUAAGCAGAACGAUUUUAAAGGCAUCUGGAUUAUUUCAGAUCCUUCCCGAAAACCAGACGUCGUAAUUUAUUACGCGCAUGGUGGUGGCUUCUCAAUGGGGUCGUCGUACUUCUACUUAGAAUUUCUUCUAGCAUACCUGUCACUCCUCAAAACAUCAACGAAGUUCCAAAACCCAGCAAUCCUUGCUCUAGAAUACACGCUAGUCCCAGAUGCAUCUUACCCAGCUCAGCUCCAGCAAGCAGCCGCAGGAUACAAAUACCUUCUAUCCAUCACCCACGAUCCCGCCCAGAUCGUGUUCAGCGGCGAUUCUGCUGGGGCAACAAUCAUUCUCUCUCUCCUUCUUCACAUCGGAAACAAAACCCCGAAGAAAAAUGCAUCCCACGAUCAACGAAUUCAAAGCGGUAUCGAAGGUGUUGUGCCAGGCAUGGCCGUCCUGAUCAGUCCUUGGGUAACGCUCGUUUCGCCGAAAGACCGCAACACGACCAGCGACUACCUUGAUGCCGAUACUCUCCACCAAUUUGCAAGACAAUAUGUCGCCGACAAGCUUUCGAUCGACGAUCCACUUGUGUCACCAGGGAAUUGUAAAGAUGUCACGUGGUGGAGAAAUGCAGUACCCAGCGAAGGCUUCUUCUUCAGCUACGGUUCAGAGGAAGUAUUUGCUCCCGAGAUCAGGGACUUAAUCAAGGAAUUGGACACAGUGGGUAUGCACGUCGAGUAUCAAGAAGCAGAUGCCGGUAUUCAUGCAUGGCCAGUAGCCAGUUUGUUUUUGUGUUCGACCAAAGAGAAGAGACUGAGAGGUCUCCAAGCCAUUGUCAAGCAGAUCAGUACGCGAAUAGUCACCCACAUAGAGGAAUGAUGUGUAUGUUAAAAUUCACUAUUAUCUCCACUAUCUAAGCAAAACCAGAGCAGUUUCUUAGC